UCCGCAUGAGUCUUGUAUCGUUAUAUAAUCAACCAGGAACAAAAACACGGCGGCGACCCUUCCUUCACACACAAUGCAGCGUACAAUGCCUAUCGGCUCGGCUUGCAGCCAACCGGCAGAUCUGUGAUGCGCCCGCCCCACAAGCCAUCCGGUCUUCUGUGCAGAAAGUAAGUAUUUGAAUUAGUCACUAAAAGUUGCGCAGAAGCAAUGCGACACAUCGCAAGACGAAUGGUAAUAAUGACUCAUGCACAUGCACCAUGCGGCGAUCCGGUUGUGCUACGCCAUGUUACGACAGUGAUCGCGGUAUCCCAAUGGAGUGGGCGACGAGCCAUUGAAUUCAGAAUCUACCAUAGUGAAAUACAUAAUGGAACGGGGUAUAUAAGGUGAUUCACCUUGAAGGCUGACCUGGAUGAGCACCUAGGACGAUAUCUACUUCGAGUUACACUCCUCUGCGGGCUGCAUCUCACACCAUGAGCACCGUCCCUUUCAUUUCACAACUAAAGUCGCUGUGGCAAGCCGUCACUGGCGACACCGCAGGAGCAAAGAAAACGCAGGAGCAAUUCCUCGACGCGUGGACGCACCAUCCUGGCCAACAGAUCUCCGAGCUCGCCGAUAACAUUCCCAUCGUCGGCCAUGUGAAGGGUCUUGUCCAUCUCGCUUUGGGCGACACAGAGGCAUUUGUUCACUCUGAGGAGGCCGCGACCCGUACCCUAGCUGUCAUUGGUGCGGGCGCGCUCACUGUCGGCACAGGAGGUGCAGCAGCGCCAAUCCUUGCGGGUGUUGCUGCUGGUAUCGCGGCAGACGCAGCAAUCACAGGGAUCGAGUUCGCACGGCACCAGAAGUAUGAGCCUCAAGGUUACCUCGGCGCAGUCUCUGAGUUCAAGUCCGACUGGCGAGGAGGAGUCUUUGACGUCGCCGCACUUGCCGUGGGUGACGCAGUCCUAGGCUCUGAAGGAUCUAUCACGAAGGCUAAUUACAAGACGACCACUGUAUUCCGCGUCGAAGGCGAAGGCAUCUUCCUCACCAAGCGGGGAAUGGUCCAACAUGGCGCCAACAGCCGUAUCUUCUCCGGCCCUGGAGGUCGUGUCAUCGAAUCUCCGAAUAUCCUUAAGCUGAUCGUUCCUCCUGAUGAGGAAGAGAAGGUCACAUUCAAGCGUCCUGCAGUACUCUGUCUAAAUGUUGGCGAUGCCUCACGCGCGGAGACGUACUAUGCACAGAAGCUCCUGCAGUACCGUGAAGCCGCAGAGAAAUUGAAGAAUAACGUGAAUGCUACUACCACCUCUCUCCCUCAUGCUACUGAAUUCCAAUUCAAGAUCAAGUCGUUCCGAUGCUCCGCUGACGUUCCCAAAGACGGCGAACCCAGUCCUGCUGGCGUGCGCCGUGUCGACAUUACCAAGACGUCAAAGUCAUUUGAGUGUCCUCAGCCAGUUUACUCGCCUCUAAUCGAAAUGGCGAUCCCGGGCACAUUCGAAGAAGCACAGCCAGCCUGGUUACUGCAUCUUCCAACGCGCUUGCUAGAGGCCAUGAGGGACCACCAGGUCGCAUACGGUCGCGUCAGAACUGUUGUUAUUGUGGCGUCCAAGUUCACGAAAUUGUCCCUGGCCUUAGAAAAGAAGAUCACUGACCAAGAGUUUAAUCGGCUUCAACACGGCCCAGUCUCGCUGUCCGCUCUCAGUCAACAGGGGGUUGAUAGUACUGAGGUCAGAACGGAGCCUGUCCGCCGUCUCCGCCAGUCUCGCGAGGUCAAGUGUGGUCGCAAGGUUGUCGGUGACAUCGAUCACGGCCGGCACAUGGAAUACCUCGCCGAGUUCAGUGAUGGAUCUACCUCAUGGAUUCCUUCGCACAAUGUUGCGUUGGACCUGAAACAAGAGUACUGGAAAGUAAUGACGUCUGGAGCGAAGGAGAUCGCAGAGAUAGUCAACUCUGACUCUUCGACUGGCAAGGUGACCGUCAAGCGACCUGACGGCACUACCGAGGUGAUCGAUCAGACCAAGAUCUUCUGGCACGAAGAGAAGACACCAACUAUACUGACCGAUGCAGAGCUUGAUGCGCUUUUGCACCACGGACACUUCGGCAUUGACGUUCCUGACUUCAUGCCGUGCAAUGUGACUAUAACUACGGAUUGGGCGAAGGUGGAGAUUUUGAGUACCGGUGCUGCUUUUAUGAAGGAUCCUGCGGCAGAAAAAGCUGGUGAAUACGCAGGCGUCGAGUUCGAUGGGCGGUCGAUACGACUCGGUAAAGCAGACUCUUACGACUUCGUUUCCCGCAAUAUUCCACUGUUCAUUGUCGGCAAUGGUGCCCUCUUGGACAUCAAGGUCACACACGGAGCUGAUGCCACUCGGGCGGGCGAUCGCCUGGGAAAAGUGGUCCUCAGCCUCCCAGAUGAACGUCUUGAGAGUCGUGUCAAUCAAAGCGACAUUAGGUUCAAUCCUAGUACUUUCCACAUCCGCCCUGUCAUCGUUACAGCUGGUCUGCUCAGUGUCGAGACUGACUGGGGUGCUAUUGAGAUCAAUAGCAAGGAUGCCACGAUUGAUCCUGACCCAACCGUCGACCAGAGCAUCUACAAGAAUGUCACAUUCACACCUACCUCGAUGAAACUAAACACAGGCGUCUUCGACAAGAAGUUUGUCAUCCCCUUCCUCUUCUUGACUCGGGACGAGAAAAUUGACAUCACCAUCACGCAUGGUCGUGACAAGAGCCGCUACGAAGACAAACUCGGACAGGCUAGGGCCUUGUUUGGACAGAACACCUAUACUAGCUCAUACAACCCCAGAAAUAUCAGGGACAACCCAACGUCGUUCACGAACUGUAAGGUCAACGCGCGGCCGCCUCCUGUUCCAUUGUAAUACAUUAACCAGCAAGUUGCUGAUUGUAGUCCAGAAGAAUGGGAGUCAUAGAAGCUUGUUUAGUAUGUAUGUACUUGUAUCAUGGCAGGCAACUGUUUUGUAUAGUGAAUAACCUGUAAAUUGGUAUGGUCGGGGUAUUCUCAGACAGCAGAGUCCGGACAUUUUGUGUGGCCA